UUUUUAUUUUCACAUUUUCAACUUUUCCGUAUCCAAAAUAAUUAUUUUUAUUUUUAUUUACGUAAAAUGUCUAUUUAUUUAUUUUUUGGGACCAUAAUUUCUUUUAGAGCAACAUUAUUUAUUAAAAUAAAUAAAAUUUCACUUUUAUAUCUUCGCAUCAGCUGGAAAACGAGAGUAAUAUUUAGUCAAAACGUUUCCCUAUUUUUACACUUUUACCUGGCCAUCACUGCACUUUUCUUGCGCAACCUACCUAUCUUUUCCUUCUUCCUUUUUUGAUUAGCGGUUCCCUUCAAACAAACGGUUCUCUUUUUUCCUCAAUUGCUUCAGGCUCUUUUUCACACAACAACAGCUGUGGUGAUCAUUUUAUUUGGUCUCGAUUAUUCGACCCGAUUGACUGGCGCCAAUCAACAAAAAAAGUAUCAUCAUCAUCUUCUUCUUAUUUUCUGUCUCUUUUCAUAUAAGGGCCAAUUCCCCCCGUUCCGACCUAAAUUUUAUUUUAUGGUUUCUUUUUAUUUUUGCCAUUACUUUUUCUUAAAAUAUUACAAUUAUAAGCAUAUAUUUCACUUUUUAUUAGUUUAAUAUUAUAUUAGUCUUCAUUAUUUCCCUAUUAAAAAAUUAUUUUUUGUGAGGAAGAAAAAAGUGGGUAAAACAUUUUGCGGUUAAACACUUAAUUGUUCCGCUUUUAUGACAACAAUGAUCCGAUGUAUAUCGAUGAUUUUAUACAAGCACAGCAUGAAAUCUGCACCUCCCUUUCUCCUCGCCAUUCUCCUAUCUUUUCUCAUAUUUGGUACAAAAACAACAGUAAAUGCCCAGCAAUUGCCAAGAGGAGAUACAAUCUUCCCUGUUAGCUGUUAUUUAAAUGUUAUGAUUAUUUUGGAUCGAUCAGACUCUGUUCUUGGUGGAUUCAAUCGAAGUAGGGACUUCGUGUUGGCAGCAUCUGAAGAACUAAAUAUUGGACCACAUGCACACAGUGUUUCUAUGAUUACUUACUCAGGCAACCAUUACAGGAGAGAAAUUUACCCAUGGAAUUUUGCAAAGAAUAAUGAAGAAUUUAAAAAAAUAGUAAAAGAUAUCAGACCAAUUGGAGGAACAACAAAUACAUAUGAAGCAAUGAAACUUGCUGUUAAAUUAAUGGAAACAAGAAAUAAAACAAUUCCAACAUUAGUUAUGGUUGUAACAGAUGGAAGAAGUGCAGUUGACCCAAAAGAGCCUUCACAACAAUUACAACGAAUUCCAAAUACUUGGGUAUUUGCUGCAGCUACCGGUGAUCCCCAUUUGGCAAAUAAACAAGAAUUACUUGAUAUUGCCGGACAAAAAUACCAUGUUAUUAUGCAAAGUGGCAGAACACAGGCUGAGGCUGUCACGAGGAAAUUACUUCGAGAAGCACAGGAAAAGUGUAAAACAACAACUACAACUUCCACAACGACAACAACAACCACAACCACGACUACUACAACAACAAAUCCAUUUACGGGAUGUGAACAAGAUUUGGUUCUUGUUUUUGACUUUUCUACAACUACAGAGCCUGUCUAUAAAGAUUAUAUCCGUCUUGGAGAACAACUAGUCUCUCAACUUUAUGUUUCUCCCAGACAUACACGUGUUGCUCUUAUAACUUUUAGUAGUCCAGGCAAAACACAUACUCAUUUUGAUUUGAAACAGUACAAGACUGGAGAUCAGGCAAUACAUGAUGUUCAGUAUAUUGGGGGACUUACUUCUGUUGGUCAAGGAAUUCAUGAAGGUGCAAAACAGGCAGACGUUCACAAAGGGGGGAGACCCGGGCUUGCAAAUAAAAUAAUGAUUAUUUUCACUGAUGGAUGGCAAAAUAAAGGACCUGAUCCAGGUAAAGAAGCAAAAUUGGCAGAAGCUCUAGGCUUCAAAAUUUACUCUGUUUCUGUUGUUCCAACAAAAAAAGAUGCCAUAGCAGUAAAUGAAGAAACAUUAGAAGCAAUUGUACAAAGUCCACAAACAGAGCACUUUACUGACAAAAAUUUCCCUCAAUUAAUCAACAUUGUUCGCCAGAAAAAUUUAAAAUGCUUUGGACAUCUUUAA